AUGGGCCGACGAAGAGACCUUGACAAUGACGAUAAUGAACAGCAAACGUCAUCCAUUGUAUCCCGUAUAUCAUCAGAUUUAAACAAACGUGAAUCUCAAAAUAGCCCUAUCCGAAAUUUAGAUGAAAACAAAAUGAAUGACGAUGAUAAUGAUCUAUUAAUACAUGAUACAAUUUUACCGCAUCGAAAACGCAUAAAAAAAGAUCCUAGACAAAUAGUUCAAUCUUCUGAAGCAACAAAUUACGGAAAACGAUUAAAUGAUGAGAACAACCACAAUUCACAUCCGAUUAAUGUUGAAGCCGAUUCACUGUGUUCAAUGGAUAUGUCAGGAAUAUCGCCUUUUCAUCAAAGAAAUCAAUUAACUGCGGCAGCAAAUGGCCUUCUAAGUCUUUCAAAUUCUUUAUUUGUUAAUAAUGAAGAUAAUCCUAGUGACUGCCAUUCAAAUUUUAUUAAUAAUGAUGGAACAACAUCAACAACUGAUGGCAAUUUAUCUUUAUUAUGUUGCGUUUGUCAAGACCGGGCAUCGGGUAGACAUUAUGGUGUACUUUCUUGUGAAGGCUGUAAAGGAUUUUUUAAACGUAGUAUUCGUAAACAAGUAUUAUAUACGUGUCUGAGCACAAAAGACUGUCCUAUAAAUAAAUUUAUGCGAAACAGGUGUCAAUAUUGCCGACUACAAAAAUGCCUUCAAGUUGGUAUGCGUGUUGAAGCUGUUCAAAAUGAACGACGACCUUACACAUGCAGUACGGACAGUAAGCAUGAUAUGAUAGUAAAUAGUAUCAAUAAUCAAAGAAUAAGAAAACAAAAUGAUACAAUAUCAUUAAAUACGCUAAUUAGUUCAUCAUCAUCCUCAUCGUCCUCAUCCUCAAAUGGAAUCUAUCCAAUAGCAUCAUUUUUAGCUAAUUUAACGAAUAAUCGAGAUAAUGUAACACAAAUAACAACUAAUGAAAAUAAAACUCAACAACAAAGUACUCUGCAUAGUAUUCUAACAUCAUCAUCAAAAGCUAAAUCGCCAACACCUGUAUUUCUCUCUCCACCAUCUUCCUCGUCUUCCUCGUCGUCAUCAUCGUCAUCAUCAAGUACGACUAAUCUUCGUAUUGAUUGUAAUAUAAAAACUGAAACCAUGGAUACCACGAAAACUGUUAAUCAUCAUCAACAACAAACACUUGCCAUUACACGAGCGUUUGAUAAUUUAGCUAAAGCUGCCGCUCAAACUCGCUCGAAUGCAAGUAAUAGUCCAUUAUCAAUUAUGCAGCAACAACAUUUAUUUAAUGAAAAACGUUACUGGGAACACGUUGAACGCCCAUUAGUUAAUGAUAAAACAAGUAAAUUUACAAUAACUCCACCAACAAAUCGAGAUUUUCAACAGACUCAAUUAUCAUCACCAUCAAAUAGUUUUAUAUGUGAAUCUGCAUCACGUAUACUUUUUCAAUCAAUUGAUUGGAUAAAAAACAAUACAUGUUUUCAAACGCUCGAACCACAAACACAAAUCAUGCUUUUACAAUACCAUUGGCUGCCAUUAUUUAUUCUCAGUCUACUCCAAUGUUCAUCGAUGAUCAAUCUAGCAAAUAUUCUUAAUUCGCUACUUGCAAAAAAACUGGAUAGUAAUGAAGCAAAUAAAUGGUUUGUACUACGACGAAUUCAAACCCUACUUUUCGAAUUCGACCGUCUUCAUGUUACUGACGUCGAAUAUGCUUAUUUGAAAUUAAUGUUAGUUUUCAAUCCUAUUAAUAAUACUGAAUGUUCUCAAACCUAUGAUCAAAUCGAUGCAUAUCGUACAUUAACAUAUAAAGAAUUACAUGACUAUAUAAAUGAUCGACUAGUAUCGACAUCCUACGAUGAGUAUUGCGGUGAUAGUGAACGUUUAGGUCGACUUUUACUUCGAUUGCCAUCUCUAUCGGACCUUGAUACAAGUAUAAUUGAAGAACUUUUCUUUGUCGGUCUUAUCGGUUCAGUACAAAUAAACAAAAUCAUUCCAUGUAUUCUUAAGAUGGAUGUAACAUCAUCAUCGAAACAAGCAUCAUCGUCGGCACAUAUGAUGAAAUAUGAAAGAAAUGAACAAUCGCAACAGCAAGCACUCGUCUCGUCAUCACUAUAG